AUGAAGUCGGCAAUAUUCUUGAUUCUAUCAUUAUGGAGAGGUGUCCAUCACGUCCAAGCAGCGGCCGUGUUCGCCCACUUCAUGCUAUACAACUCGGAGAACUUCACGGUCUCCGACUGGGAAAUCAACAUAGCAGAAGCACAAAAGGCCCACAUCGACGCCUUUGCCCUAAACAUCGCAUACAACUUCCCAACAAACAACCGGUCCCUAGCGAACGCAUUCAAGGCCGCAAAUACCCUGAGCUUCCAACUCCUAUUCUCAUUUGACUACGUAGGCAACGGCGCCUGGCCAGAAGGCGAGGUGAUCGGCCUCCUCCGAAAAUACGGAAACAACCCAGCCUACUACCAGCACAACGGCAAACCCUUCGUCUCAACCUUCGAAGGCUCCUCCAACGCCACAGACUGGACCACAAUAAAAAGGUACACAGACUGUUUCUUCGUACCGGGGUGGUCAGCCCUAGGCGCGAAGGAAGCCCUCGCCGUCGCACCAGGCAUUCCAGACGGCCUAUUCUCCUGGGCCGCAUGGCCAGAAGGCCCAGACCCGAUAAACACGUACAUAGACUCCACGUACAUGCAGUGGCUCAAAGACACCGGCCACCUGCCAUACAUGAUGCCAGUCUCGCCGUGGUUCUACACGAACCUGCCAGGCUACGGCAAGAACUGGGUCUGGAACGGCGAUAACCUGUGGUACGACCGCUGGCAGCAGGUGCUAUCUCUCAAGCCGGACUUCGUGGAGAUCAUCUCGUGGAACGACUACGGCGAAUCGCACUACAUCGGCCCGCUGCAUGAGGGUUCAUAUGCGACCUUCGAGAUCGGUCAUGCGAGCUACAACUACGCUACCGGACACCCUCAUGACGGCUGGCGCGACUUCUUGCCUUUCAUCAUCGAUGUCUAUAAGGGUGCCCGGCCGAAUGUCACGACUGAGGGCGUCACGGCUUGGUUUCGGCUGGCGCCUGGGAAGGCUUGUGCCAACGGUGGCACUACGGGUAAUACGAAGACGCACGGGCAGAAGGAGUUCCCGCCGACGGACGUCUUGCAGGAUGAGGUCUUCUACUCUGCGCUGCUGCGGAACGCUGUGGAUGUGGAUGUGUCGGUUGGGAUCGGCGGGGUCGUGCAGGAUGGGAAGUGGAAGAAUAGACCACACGGUCCCAUCGGUAUUUAUCAUGGCAGCGUGCCGUUCGAUGGUAAUACCGGAGAAGUCGUCGUGACGGUUUCUCGUCAGGGAAAGACUGUCGCUGAGAUGCGGGGUGCAUCGAUCUCGGAAUCGUGUCCGGAUGAUAUCCAGAAUUGGAACGCCUGGGUUGGCACGAAAUUCGCUAAUAAUACGAUUUCACGUCCGCCGCCUUCUCCGGCUCCGACUGCAAUUUCUGCGGCUUCCGCUCUUUUAGUGCUAAGGAGGAUUCCGUUUGCGAUUUUCUUUGUGGCUUUGGUUGCGACUAUGGUGGCUGCGACGGCGACGCCUGUUCAAUAUGAGAAAUUGGCUUUGACGAUCCCGAUUUCAGAAAUUUCUCCAUCGGUAUAUAGUGGUACGGGCGACGGCGAUCCUAAAAGUCUAUAUAGCUAUGGCACGAGCUAUGGUUUAUAUCCAACCAACAGGUAUACUCGCACAACAACAACGGAUACUCUAGUUACGCCUUCUACCUCAACUGGUGCCACGGCUUCCACAUACGGCACAUCUUGGAAUUUGGACUGA